GAGAUCCAAAAACAAAUCUCAAUAAACUUCAAAAUCCUUUUACACUCUAGUCAAUGCAGAAGAAGCAGCGCCAAACGUGCCAUUAUAAUAUUCUUAUUGUAGUUACAAACGCAAAGCUGAAACAAUUUAUAGAACACAACUCAAAUUUCCUUGCUCACAAAUCAAAUCAUAAAGAGAAAAAGGGAGGGAAGAGGAAAUGGCCAUGGCGAGGGCAAGCUCUGGCCUCGCGUACCCGGAGCGAUUCUAUGCAGCUGCUUCAUACGCUGGAUUUGACGGAUCUCCUAAUUCCGUCAAUACCGUCUCCUCUAAGUUCCAAAACGACACCGCUUUGCUCCUCUACGCUUUGCACCAGCAGGCAACUGUAGGACCUUGUAAUACACCAAAGCCUAGCACUUGGAAUGCUGUAGAACAAAGCAAGUGGAAGAGCUGGUAUGGACUUGCCAACAUGCCUCCCACAGAAGCAAUGCGUCUCUUUGUGAAGAUACUAGAGGAAGAAGAUCCAGGUUGGUAUUCUAGAGCAUCUAACUUUGUUUCUGAGCCGGUUGUAGACAUUCAAACGAAUCAUAACCCAAAAGUUGAUCCUGUAGUCGAGAAUGGAAACUCUUUCUUAGAGACAAAGACCAUUUCCAGUGAGAGUGAGAGUGUUAUAGAACCUCAAGAUAAAGAUAUUGUCUCAGAAGGCUUUGGUUCAGUUGUUUAUGAUCAAUGGAUUUGCCCUCCAAUAUCUGGCCAACGCCCAAAAGCCCGAUAUGAGCAUGGAGCAGCAGUUAUUCAGGAUAAGAUGUAUAUAUAUGGGGGAAACCACAAUGGUCGAUAUCUUAAUGAUCUUCAUGUUCUGGAUUUAAGAAGCUGGACUUGGUCUAGGGUUGAUGCUAAGGCUACGGCUGAGUUAGAUGAAUCAAAAUCUCUAGCUGCAGUAACUUCCUGUGCUGGUCAUUCAUUGAUAGCUUGGGAGAAUAAGCUUCUAACAAUUGCUGGACAUACCAAAGAUCCUUCUGAAAGCAUUCAAGUGAAGGCAUUUGAUCCACAAACUCAUACUUGGUCGACCUUAAAGACAUAUGGGAAAGCACCGGUCUCACGUGGAGGUCAAUCUGUUACACUUGUCGAGACAAGCUUAGUGAUUUUUGGUGGACAAGAUGCAAAGAGAUCUCUCUUGAAUGAUUUGCAUAUCCUUGAUCUAGAAACUAUGACUUGGGAUGAAAUUGAUGCUGUUGGCGUGCCUCCUUCUCCAAGGUCUGAUCAUGCUGCUGCAGUUCACGCGGAGUGCUACCUUCUUAUUUUUGGUGGUGGUUCACAUGCUACUUGUUUCAAUGAUCUGCAUGUGCUUGAUUUACAAUCUAUGGAAUGGACGAGACCAACACAACAGGGGGAAAUACCAAGUCCACGGGCUGGACAUGCAGGUGUGACAGUUGGGGAGAAUUGGUUUAUUGUUGGUGGUGGCGACAACAAGAGUGGGGUCUCUGAAACUGUUGUCCUCAACAUGUCAACACUUGUUUGGUCUACUCUGACUUCUGUUGAAGGGCGUGUUCCUCUUGCCAGUGAGGGGUUGAGUUUGGCUGUGAGCUCCCACAAUGGUGAAGAUUUUCUUGUAUCAUUUGGGGGUUACUAUGGGCGUUACAGCAAUGAGGUGAAUGUUCUUAAACCCAGCCAUAAGUCUACCUUGCAAUCAAAGAUCAUAGAGACUCCAGUACCUGAUGGUGUUUCUGCUGUGCAUAAUGCUACAAAUGCUACCAGAGAUUUGGAAUCUGAUCUUGAAGCAGGCCAAGAAGGCAAAAUAAGAGAAAUUGUCAUGGAUAAUCCAGAGCCCAUGAAAUCUAAGGAUGAAGAAUCCAGUGAACAUCUUGUAGCAACUUUAAAGGCAGAAAAAGAAGAACUGGAACCCUCUCUUAGCAAGGAGAAAUUGCAAACUAUCCAAUUAAAGCAAGAAUUAGUUGAAGCUGAGACUCGUAACACUGAACUUUACAAGGAACUCCAAUCUGUGCGUGGUCAGCUUGCUGCUGAGCAGUCUAGAUGUUUCAAAUUAGAGGUUGAUGUGGCAGAAUUAAGACAAAAGCUUCAAACGAUGGAGACAUUGCAAAAAGAACUAGAACUCCUGCAGCGACAAAAGGCAGCUUCUGAACAAGCUGCCUUAAAUGCAAAACAUAAGCAGGGCUCUGGUGGCAUGUGGGGUUGGGUCGCUGGAACGCCUGGUGGCCAAAGAGACGAUGAAGCCUGAAUUUUGUUAAAGCCUUUUUUAAGUAGUGAUCGUUACACGGGUUAUCAUUAAUCAAUUUUCUAUCGAAUAUUUUUCUUUUACUUAGCCCAGUUCUUUUACUGAUGGGAAUAAAGAUAUCAAGAUUUGUUGGCCAGAGUGGAAAACCCCACCCUUUGCAGGUAAGUGUGUACUGAUAGUUUAAGUUACGAAGUUCAUGGGGCCAUUGCAGCAAUAUUUUUGCGACUCCAAUUUUUAGAGUUUGUAUUUGAAGCGAAUACCAUUUGAAAGUAUAGCUUUUCAAAUUUUGUCGUUCAAUUUGAUGAACUGGGAACAUCAUUUGUUACGCGAAUGGAAAUAUAGAUGCCGUGUCAAAUUUUUCUGAUCUA